CGCUCUCGGAUGACAUAAGCAAACGCGACAGUAAAAGGUUGUAAUGACUUAUGAAAGCUCGAUAAUGAAUGCACAUGUGACUUUUUUGUCGGUAUUGUAAAACAGACCUAUGGUAUACUUUAUUGUUCUACAGAAUAAUGAUGCUUCCGUUUAGAAAAUUACUAUUACCUUUGGUUAGUAGACCAAGCUGUAGACCAUUUUCAGUAUCCCAAAACUACUGGCAUGCCAAAAAAGGCUUGGUACUUGGUGUGUACGAGAAAGAAAAGGACGAUGAGAGCCUGCGUUUCACGGAGGCGGCGGAGAGUUUUGACCGCUCACUGUCAGGAAAGCUACGCGAGCUGUUGUCAAUAUCUGGACCAGCGCUGAAAAAGGGGAAAAGCCGGGUAUUUUAUGGUGUACAUCAGGAUUUUUCCAGCAUUGUUGUUGUCGGUCUUGGUAAACAUUCAGCAGAGGUUUGUGGCAAAGAGAACUGGGACAGUUGCAAAGAAAAUAUUCGAGCUGCUGUUUCAGUGGGCUGCAGACUGCUGCAGGACCUGGAGCUGGGGGAGGUGGAGGUGGACCCCUGUGGCGACGCCCAGGCUGCGGCGGAAGGGGCGGUCCUGGGGCUCUUCCAGUACGACGAGUUCAAGCAGAAGAAGAAGACGCCCGUCAAAACUCAGCUGCACGGCAGCUCCAGUACCGCAGCUUGGCAGAGGGGCGUCCUGUACGCGGAAGGACAGAAUCUGGCCCGUCGCUUGAUGGAAGCACCAGCCAAUCACGUCACCCCAACGUUUUUUGCGGACUGCAUACAACAGGAACUUUCACCGUUCUCCGACAAAGUUGCUGUCCAUAAAAGACAGCAGUCCUGGAUAGAGGAGCAGAAGAUGGGGGCAUUCUUAAGUGUCUCAAAAGGCUCAGAGGAGCCCCCUGUCUUCCUGGAGCUGCACUACAAGGGAAGCCUGGAAUCCGGUCAGCCGCCACUGGUACUAGUCGGGAAAGGAAUUACUUUUGACAGCGGUGGGAUUUCGCUGAAGCCCUCCUCAGGAAUGGACGCCAUGAGGGCGGAUAUGGGCGGGGCCGCGACCGUCUGCUCCGCCGUCGUCACCGCGGCGGCCCUGAAACUUCCCAUCAACAUCAUCGGUCUGGCGCCUCUGUGUGAAAACAUGCCCAGUGGGAAAGCUAAUAAGCCUGGUGACGUUGUCAGGGCGAAAAACGGAAAAACCAUCCAGGUGGAUAACACAGACGCAGAAGGCAGACUCAUACUGGCCGACGCCCUCUGCUACGCCCACAGCUUCAACCCCAAAGCGAUCAUCAACGCUGCCACUUUAACGGGUGCGAUGGAUGUAGCUUUAGGAUCUGCUGCUACGGGAGUAUUCACCAAUUCCGAUUGGCUGUGGAGUCGCCUGCAUAAGGCGAGCAUCGUGACUGGCGAUCGAGUCUGGCGAAUGCCCCUGUUCCAGCAUUACACCCGACAGGUCACUGACUGCCAGCUGGCUGACCUCAACAACAUUGGGAAAUACAGCCGGUCUGGAGGUGCAUGCACUGCAGCGGCGUUUCUGGGUGAGUUUGUGACGGCCCCACACUGGGCGCACCUGGACAUCGCCGGGGUGAUGUCAAACAAAGACGAGGUCCCGUACCUGCGCAAGGGCAUGUCAGGCCGACCCACACGGACCCUGGUGGAGUUCGCCGCUGGCCUCAGUGCAGAAUCCUGAAAGAACUGGCUCUAGAUCUCCUAGAACCGGCUGGGUCUAUCCAGUUAUGUAAAUCCAAUUUUAACAAAUGCGCUUUCAUUUGUUGAGUAAAUCAUAACUGUGGUAAGACGUCACGUGUAAAGGAAGAUUUCUUAACAAACUGCACAACGCUCCAACAUUUGGAGGACAAAAAGAAAUAAGGAUUCAAAAGAGAUUUAUACCUAUACUGUAUCCAAUAUUACGUUUAAGGAAACGUUUUAAGCUUUUGUAAUGCUCCAGGAUUAUUGGCUAUCCAACACUAUCUGCCAGUGACACUGCAGCAGCCACAAGGAGCAUCUAAAUCAAGUGUCAUAAAUAAUUUCCUGAAAAUAUCUGUACUGUGUAAUGCAAUAAAACGGUGAUGUUAAAAAACUUGUGUAUUGUUAAACUCA